UGCACUUGCACAGCAAUUAUAGCAAUGUCUAAGCAAAUGGAAAUUGCAUGGAAACUGCUUGAUCUUCAUGACUCCAUCUCACUUUCCAAAUCUGAAAGACAAUUUAGAAGAACAGGGGCUCUAAAGCAAUGGCAGCUGGAGAGAUGUCCACACUUAAAUUCAUCAGAAACUCACUCUCUGGAGGACAAAAAGACUUUACUGUACGAGGCUGCCUGGAAAGGGGAUGCAGAUAAAGUGAAUACUUUGUUCAACUUUGGGAUAUCUGUAAACUGCCAGGAUUACAGAGGAUGGUCUCCACUGCAUAUAGCUUCAUGUUGUGGCCAUCUAGCGCUAGCAAAAUAUCUUUUACAAAAAGGAGCAUCUGCUAAUGUGAGGGAUUCUUGGAAUUUUACUCCACUUCAUCGUGCUGCAUGGAACGGACAUGCAGAAUUAGCAGAACAUCUCUUAGAAAGUGGGGCAUCUCCAGAUGUCUUGACAUCUUCUGGAGAAACAGCAAUGCACCUAGCUGCAGAAAAUGGUCACCUUUCAUGUGUUAAAACACUACUGAAAUAUAAGUCCUCACCCAGCACCAGAGACAACAACAAAUGGACUCCACUGCAUUGGUGCUCUGUUAAUGGCCACAUGGAUGUGCUGGAUUACCUCAUGUCCCUUGGAGUCUCUCUAGAAAAGGACACCAACACAGGCCUGAAAAUGCUUCAUUUGGCUGUACUGGCCGGAAGAAUGCGAGUUGCCAACUAUAUAUUAAAGAGAAAAGUUGACAUCAACAUAAAGGACUCCAAUGGAACUACGGCCCUGCAUAUAGCAGCAGAAAAUGGUUAUAAUGAGAUGGCAGAGCUCCUGCUGAGAAGAGGGGCUUCUGUGCACACACAAGAUGACAACCAGCUCACUCCACUACACCGCGCAGCAGGGCGAGGGCAUGCUCUGAUGGUAAAACUAUUAGCGCAGGAAGGGGCUCAUAUUAACUGCACUGACUCACUAAGCCUAACACCUUUACACCAUGCAGCCUAUAGGGGGCACACUGCGGUAUGUUCUAACCUACUUCAAGAUGGAGCAGACAUCCAUGCUAAAGACUGGCUUGGUAAAACAGCACUGCAUCUGGCAGUAGAAAGAGGCCACACUCAUGUGGUGAAAACUUUAAAGGAGUGCGGGGCUGAUCCUUGCAUUAAAACCAAGUGGAAUGAAUCUGCUACAGACAUGGCUGCACAGGGCAGCUGCAAGGAUAUUCUUAACAUCUUAAAUAUGGGGGGAAUGAAUUUAUGCUAGAAAAAAAGGUAAUGCCAUAUGUAAAGGGGUACUCCGGUGGAA